CGCUCCCUCCCUCCCGGCCCCCCCUCGGCGCGAGCGGAGCGCGGAGUCACCGCGGCGCACGGACGGGCCCGGCGGCACUCGCACACAAUGGCGCUGAAACGCAUCAACAAGGAACUUAGCGACUUAGCCCGUGAUCCUCCAGCACAGUGUUCAGCGGGCCCCGUUGGAGAUGACAUGUUUCAUUGGCAAGCCACAAUUAUGGGACCUAACGACAGUCCGUAUCAGGGUGGUGUAUUCUUCUUGACAAUUCACUUUCCUACAGACUACCCUUUCAAACCACCUAAGGUUGCAUUUACAACAAGAAUCUAUCAUCCAAAUAUUAACAGUAAUGGCAGCAUUUGUCUCGAUAUUCUAAGAUCACAGUGGUCUCCUGCUUUAACUAUUUCUAAAGUUCUCUUAUCCAUUUGUUCACUGUUAUGUGAUCCAAAUCCAGAUGACCCACUAGUGCCAGAGAUUGCACGUAUCUAUAAAACAGACAGAGACAAGUACAAUAGGUUAGCAAGAGAGUGGACAGAGAAAUACGCUAUGCUGUAGGGUACAACAGAAUAUCUCGGGAAUGGACUCAGAAGUAUGCCAUGUGAUGCUACCUUAAAGUCAGAAUAACCUGCAUUAUAGCUGGAAUAAACUUUAAAUUACUGUUCCUUUUUUGAUUUUCUUAUCCGGCUGCUCCCCUAUCAGACCUCAUCUUUUUUAUUUUUUUUGUUUACCUCCUUCCAUUCAUGCACAUGCUCAUCUGAGAAGACUUUAGUUCUUCCAGCUUUGGACAAUAACUGCUUUUAGAAUCUGUAAAGUAGUUACACAAGAACAAUUGCCCAAGAUUCAGAUUUUUUUUUUUAAUGGAGCAUGUGUAUUAUGUGGCCAAUGUCUUCAUUCUAACUUGGUUAUGAGAUUAAAAAAAAAAAAAAAAAUCAUUCCUCACUCUCUAACAGAUACUGAAGCUAUCACCUGAAGGGGGGAGGGGAGAUGGAUGUUCAGUUUUCUCCCAUCAAAGAAGUAACAUUGCUGUAGCAACAUCCAUCUUGUUCUAAACCUUCCAGUGUUAGAGAAAUGAGGUUUUGCUAUAUACUUUUGCUCAUAACUGAUAUGUCUGGAGAAUUGGUACUGAAACUAUAGCAUCAGCAGAACAGAAAAUGUGAUGUAUCUUAUGCAUGUCAAUAAAGGAAUGACCAGUUCUUGUUUUACAGAGAAUGGAAAUUGGAAGUCAAACAUCCCUUGUAUUCCAAAAUAGGGUCUAAGAACAUUUUUGUAAUUCAUUUAAAUUUUGUUAGGAGGCUUGGAGCUAUUAGUUAAUCUGUCUUCCAAAACACUGUUUAAUAUAGCACUGAAUAAAUGAUGCAAGUUGUCAAUGGAUGAGUGAUCAACUAAUAGCUCUGCUAGUAAUUGAUUUAUUUUCUUCAAUAAAGUUGCAUAAACCAAUGAGUUAGCUGCCUAGAUUAAUCAAUAUGGGAAACAAAAUCUUUUGUAAAAGCAAAGCUGGUUUUUGUAUAUACUGUUGGGAUUUGCCUCAUUGUUUAACAUCAAAUAAUGAUGUAAAGUUCGAUAGAGCGAAUCUUUUGCCAUUUUCAGUUAUAAUACUCAGUCUGUUGCAGGUUGACACAUUGUUCGGCCUGAUGUAUGCAGAAUUAAUAAGCUAACAUAGUAGUGUAGCCUUAGUUGUGUGCUACACUUGGUGCUGGGAGCCCAGCGUUCAAGGAUGGACUUGGGACCCAGCAGAUCUGAAGUGGUGUGUUGUGGAGAUGCUUCCUGAUGCACCUGUGUUUGCUGACUGAGAACCUUUUUCUUCACCUUGUAUGCUUGACAGCUGAAAGAUCUUAAUGUGGGAGUAAUGAUGAGGCAAAAAAUAUAAAAUAAAGUACUGUUUUGAUGUGGGAAUUGUCAUGAGGCUGUGUUGAAGUGACUUUACUAUGUGGGAUGUUCAUUACCAUUGAAAAGGACUUGUUCAGCCAUGCUGCCAUUUACAUUAAUGACUAUUUUAAUGCAACAGACACUUUCCUCAUGUCAGGUGACUAAACGUGAAUAAAGACUCAUUGCUAUUGGA